AUGCACAAUAUAUUCUUAGGUACAAGUAAGCGCAUAGUACAACAUGUAUGGAUGAAUGACAAUUUACCGAAACUUGGUAUCAAACAAUUGCGUAAAAUUCAGAAUCGAAUUGAUUCAACUCCUUUACCAGUUGAUAUGGGAUAUAUAAACUUUAAAAUUGCUUCAGGUUUUGAUACACUUACAGCUGAUCAAUGGAAAAUUUGGGUUCUGGUUUAUUCAAUAUAUGUUUUAUAUCAAUUUCUUGAUGAGGCUGAUCGACGAUGUUGGCAAGCAUUUGUUACUGCAGUAUCAAUAUGGAGCCAGAGAAUUAUAACAGAAGUUGAAAUUGAAGCUGGCCAUGCGGCUAUGAUGGCAUUCUUACAAUAUGCUGAACAAAUUUAUGGUAGAAAUUUCUGUUCUCCUAAUAUGCAUUUGCACAAACAUUUACAGGAAUGCAUGAUAGAUUAUUGCCCGUGGUAUUUGUUCUGGUGUUUUGCUUAUGAACAUUAUAAUGG